UGGGCGACUUGCUAUACUAAUGAGAAGCUCAACUUCGGUACCCGCACCACAUCGCUAGCUGAAGUAGUAAACCGUUACCUAAAGAGCUUCAUUACGGGUAACAGUACUAUACUCGAUGCGGUAAAGCAGUCCCUCAAGAUAAUCGAGGAAAUGCGGAAGGGUAUUCAGGAGAAUCAUAACGAGCAAAAAUACAACCUCAAGCGUAAAUAUCUUGGCCAAAAAUGGCUUGGCGACACUCCCCUAGAGAUCUCUCGUAACGGCAUGAAAAAGGUCACUGAGCAAUACCGGGUUAUGCUCGGAGCCGUACCGACCUUCUGGAACCCCACCCCCGAGCCCCUAAGUCCCUGCACCGGCCAGUUCAAGGCACAUUACGGCAUUCCGUGUAGUCAUAACCUUGAGCGAUAUAUGGAUGGCCGUGUACGCCUUGAGCCGGGACAGGAAGGUAACUUGGUCCUUAAAAAGCUGUGGAUUUGGUUGGAGAGGUCCAUGCUUAGUAAGGACCGAUACUUACGGUAUAACGAAUUCAACCGUAUUGAACGUCUUCGUGGUAGACCCCGAGGCUCUGAUGCGCUCGCCCUGGACCCCCGGGCACCUCGCUCAACGGCACCGAUUUCUACGGCACUAUCACGGCAAGCGCCAAGACAACCGCUCCGGCACCCACCGCACCCCCUACUCCAACGCCCACAUCGACUGGCCGGGCUUCGGGCCUCAAUCCUUCCAUUCACCGUCAACACUCAGUGGGAGGGUGUCAGGCUUGAGCAGGAAGACAACAGGGACCAGGAAAACCCCAGGGAUGACACCCCUGCGCAGGCACAACGAACUGUGAAUAACCUCACGGGCCGCGGCAGCCGCGACCGUAAGGCACACCGAACCCGGGCAACAAAGGGAGGUCCUGGCAGCCGGGGCGGCCGUGUUGCCUCGGGAUCGCGGGCAUCUACAUCGCUGGCUUCAUCUGGCACGCCUGCCUCAACGCCCACGGCGCUCAGGGCGCGAGGAGGCAUUACGAAGGCUUCCACACGCGGUGCAACAACCCGUCGUACUACGAGGGCUUUGGCUGCAGCGUUUGAAGCCAAACAAAGCAGUGAUCUUGACGAUGCGUAG